ACAGCAGGUGGCAGCAUUCACCGCUAGCUGCUCAGGCUAGCACCCGGCGCCAUCUUGUGUUGGUCGACUGUUGCUGGGCAACCGCAGGACGCCAUGACAGCGCUGCACCAGGCGGCAGCCGCCGGAGACGUCCAGCAGGUCGAGGACAUUCUGAGGCAGAGCGGCUGCAAUGCCAACCAGAGAGACCUGGACUGGAGCCGCAAGACGCCUCUCCACUGGGCAGCAGCCACAGGUCACACGGAGACGGUCAGGAUGCUGCUGCAGCACGGAGCCAGGCCGUGUCUGAGGACAGAGCACGGAUGGACUCCGGCCCACAGCGCUGCCGAGUCUGGCCGACUGGCCGUGCUGCGGCUGCUGCACUCCCUGCAUGCCCCGAUGGACCAGCAGGACUGCUGCGGAGACACACCAGCACGGAUAGCCCAAAUAUACGGACACCAUGACUGCGCUCGAUUCAUUAAGAAAGCAGAGGUGGAGGGCCAGGCGUUCCGUGUGAUGGCGGCUCAGAGAGGGAUCUCAUUGGAUGACACAGACGAGGAGUGGGCAGCACAAGGCGAGGAGCAUGAGGAAGAGGAGGACGAGGAGCAAGAGGAGAUUUCUAAGGGCAACAAUCAGACGUAGCUGAACUUUCCUUCUGUGGCAUUUCUGAGCUUCAGAAUCAGAAUCAUAAUAAUCACAAUGUUAAAACUCAAAACACUGAAAUCUCUUCACAUUCAGUUCAGAAACAUAUUUUAUUGCAUCACAGAUGGAACACGACGUCGUGUGAAGACGGACAUGCUCACAAGCUUCUGGGAGAAACGUAAUUCAGCAUAACAAAUGUUUAAUAAAGAUAAAAACUAAUAAACAAUCUUAAAUAAAUCAUAAAUCAUGAAUAAAGGAUAAAUAAAAACACGUAAUAUACAGUAGUACGUAUACAUGAAUAUGUAACUGAAUGUAAAGCAACAGGGAUGAGAUGUUCACACGCAGCUCAUGAAGCUUCGAACUGUAGUUUCAUGAAGUGAAAUGUAGUUUUUAUGGGAUGUAUUGAGACGAUCCUCUUUCAGGUGGAGUCUAACUUUGUGGUGUCGCUGGUCCACACUGGCGCCUGCGAGCAGGAGGAGCAGAGUUACAAACAGUCAGGGGCAUCAUGGGUUUCCUGUUUCGCAGCUCACUUACACGUU